GCGGGGCGACUGCGGGAGUCCCGCCUCCGCGCCCGCCGCGCCCGGGCCCGCCCCUCCCCCGGGCGUCGGCGCCGUCCCGGGCGGUGACCCAGCCCGCGGCGGCCCUUGGCGGCCUCCCCACCCGCCCCUCUCGCCGGGCCGGGUUGGCUUAGGGCCUGAGCCCUGGGGCGGAGCGCUCCCGCCGCCCCGGCCCAGCUCCUCCCGCGCUGACCGCUCUGUGUUGGUCCAGCGAGCGGUUCGCCGGGGGAUUGCAAAGCACCGUCACGGCGCUCGGGCGCCGAUUCUCUCCGGGAGGGGCCCGACCGCGCCGCACUCCCGGGAGCGCCGAGGCUGUCCCGCUUCGAGCGGAGGGGAGAGUGCGAUCCGCGGCCCUCGGUGUCCUAUUCGGUUCACUGCGCUCAGCCACGGUCUCGUCCUCCCGGCGGCGGCCUCGGAGCUCCCCUGGGCUUCCUGAGGCCCGUCCAGCGCAUUGUGCGCCGGCAGGUGCUUCUGGCUUCUGUUAAGCUGGCUGCCUCUUCUGUCUCUCCGCAGAAUACAGUGAAUGGAGAAUUCUCCCUAAGGUCAGCGUUUCAUUAAUUGCCUCGCUCUGGCUGCUAUAGUAUCCCAGGCAUCGAUCCAAUCCUACUAUCAAAAUUGCCCGGAGGUGGCCAGCAGGUCGGACCUCGGUCUUCCAGGGACUGCCCCGAGUCACUGAGUGGAGUGGGACGCGCCUUGAGCAGUUUACUAUCUCCGUGGGCGGUGGCCCAAGGCGCGGGACCUAUCCGAUGACCGGAUUGGGCCUUGCCCCUGUCCAUCAUCCGACGGCUCUGGGCGCCGACUGUUUUGCCGUAAGAUUUGGAAGUUGAGCACCGCCUCUGGAAACGAGGGGCGUGAAGAUUGGCGAAGGUAAACGUUGUGUGUAUUUUUCUCCUCAUUGGAUGGCUACUGUGUCAGUCAUACUCUCCGCUGCUCCCGUUGGCGGGAAGGCUCCGGGCUGGUAGCGUGGACACAGUGCAGCCCCGCCCAAGUUGCGAUCCGGGCGCGUGACGUCUCAGAUAUUUGUUGUUGGGGUUUGGGCCUCAUUAAUUAUUCAUUAAGCCCUUGAAAGGGCUGCAGCGAUUGGUGGCUGGGAAGCCUGGUCGAUUGUUUCUUAGCUAGAGAUAGGUGUCGCCCUCUACGCGGCCGAAAAAGUUUCGCAUAAAUUAUUCCGACGAGGUGUGGGGCGGGGCUACGCAUAGAUUAGGCAAAUGAGCAGGGGAGGGACGCGAGGCCGGGUACGAAUUAGCCUAAGUUAUUAAAGAUGGCGGCGGAGCGGAGUCGCUCUCCGAUGGACUCGCCGGUCCCGGCCUCUAUGUUCGCCCCCGAGCCCAGCUCCCCGGGGGCGGCCAGGGCUGCGGCGGCUGCCGCCCGGCUCCACGACGGCUUCGACUCGGACUGCAGCGAGGACGGCGAGGCGCUCAAUGGCGAGCCGGAGCUGGACCUCACCAACAAGCUGGUUCUAGUGAGCCCUACGUCAGAGCAGUAUGACAGCCUACUUCGGCAGAUGUGGGAGAGGAUGGACGAGGGAUGCGGAGAGACCAUAUAUGUCAUUGGGCAGGGAUCAGAUGGGACUGAGUACGGGCUGAGUGAAGCGGACAUGGAGGCCUCCUACGCCACAGUGAAAAGCAUGGCCGAGCAGAUAGAGGCCGACGUCAUCCUCCUGCGGGAACGGCAGGAAGCGGGGGGCCGCGUGCGUGAUUACCUGGUCCGGAAGCGAGUGGGAGACAAUGACUUCCUGGAGGUCAGGGUAGCGGUAGUGGGCAACGUGGAUGCUGGCAAAAGCACGCUUCUGGGGGUCCUGACACACGGGGAGCUGGACAAUGGCCGAGGCUUUGCCCGCCAGAAACUCUUCCGCCACAAACAUGAGAUCGAAUCUGGUCGCACCAGCAGUGUGGGCAACGACAUUCUGGGCUUUGACAGCGAAGGCAAUGUGGUGAACAAGCCAGACAGCCACGGUGGCAGCCUGGAGUGGACGAAGAUUUGUGAGAAAUCCACUAAAGUGAUCACCUUCAUUGACUUGGCUGGCCACGAGAAAUACCUGAAGACCACGGUGUUCGGCAUGACGGGCCACCUGCCUGACUUCUGCAUGCUCAUGGUGGGCAGCAAUGCUGGCAUCGUGGGGAUGACCAAGGAGCACCUGGGCUUGGCAUUGGCACUCAAUGUGCCUGUUUUUGUGGUGGUCACCAAGAUUGAUAUGUGUCCUGCUAACAUCUUGCAAGAAACCCUGAAGCUGUUACAGCGCCUGCUGAAGUCGCCAGGCUGCCGGAAGAUCCCUGUGCUGGUGCAGAGCAAGGAUGAUGUGAUCGUUACCGCCUCCAACUUCAGCUCCGAGAGGAUGUGCCCGAUAUUCCAGAUCUCCAACGUCACAGGCGAGAACCUAGAUCUGCUGAAGAUGUUCCUCAACCUCCUGUCCCCCCGCACCAGCUACCGGGAGGAGGAGCCGGCGGAGUUUCAGAUUGACGACACUUACUCUGUGCCGGGUGUGGGGACGGUGGUGUCAGGGACAACACUCAGGGGCCUGAUCAAGCUGAAUGACACGCUGCUGCUGGGCCCGGAUCCUCUGGGGAACUUCCUGUCCAUCGCCGUGAAGUCCAUCCACCGCAAGCGCAUGCCUGUCAAGGAGGUGCGGGGCGGCCAGACAGCCUCCUUUGCGCUAAAGAAGAUUAAGCGCUCAUCCAUCCGGAAGGGCAUGGUGAUGGUUUCCCCGCGUUUGAAUCCCCAAGCAUCCUGGGAAUUUGAGGCCGAGAUCCUUGUCCUCCACCACCCCACCACGAUUAGCCCACGCUACCAGGCCAUGGUGCACUGCGGGAGCAUCAGGCAGACGGCCACCAUUCUGAGCAUGGACAAGGACUGUCUACGCACUGGGGACAAGGCCACGGUGCACUUCCGCUUUAUCAAGACCCCCGAGUACCUGCACAUAGACCAGCGGCUGGUGUUCCGGGAAGGCCGCACCAAGGCCGUGGGCACCAUCACCAAGCUCCUCCAAACCACCAACAACUCCCCAAUGAACUCCAAGCCUCAGCAGAUUAAAAUGCAGUCAACGAAAAAAGGCCCCCUGACCAAACGAGAAGAUGGGGGCCCCCCUGGAGGGCCGGCCGUAGGGGUGCCUCCCCCUGGAGACGAAGCGGGCUCUCUGGGGGCUGCACAGUCAGCUGCAUCCAGCAGUCUCCAGCCAACGCUCAAGCCCAGCAGUGGGGGCCGGCGACGAGGGGGCCAGCGUCACAAGGUGAAGAACCAGGGGGCCUGCCUGACUCCUGCCAGUGGCUGCUGACUUUCUCCUUCCCACCCAAGGGAUCGUGCUCUGGCCACGCUCCAUCCGAUGGGCCAGAGCAGCCACCACCCUCCCCAGGCCACAGCCGGAGCCGCAUCAUUCCCCAGCCCUGGUUCCCGGGGCUCUAAUUUAUAGCCGAGGACGACGGCAGACUUCCGGAGCACUACCAUCUCCCGCCCUCUUGCCUGCCUUCUUUCUCAAUCAGUCUUUGUACAUCUGGGCCCUUAGUUUUUAUUCUUUUUAUUUUCUCUCUCUUGUGUGCGUGCGUCCGUGUGCGUGUGUGGGUGUGUGCAUGGCCACUCAGGGCCCUGGCAGUCUUUCUUCUCUUCCUUUCCUCCUCCAUGGCUGGCCCCGGCCUCCAGGAGCUGUCCGUCCGCGUGUGUGUCUGUGAGAACCUUUAGGAGCUGUCGGGGGCUGAAGGGCCUCCCUCCCAGUGCUGCUCUGUGCCCGGAGCCCUCUCUGGAGCUGACCUCGGGGCGGGGGCUGCAGGUAUAAGUGCUGCUGCUCCGUCUCAGGAGCCUCCUCCUGGGACUCGGGGCUUCUGGCAGGGUCAACAGUGCUGGCUCCCUCUCUUCCCUCCCUCUCUUCCCUCCCUCUUUCUCCUUAAACCCCCGAACAGGAAUGCCAGAAGCUCUUACAUUGGAACCUGUAGAUGGUGGAGGGGAGAGGCGAUUGGGUUAUCGGGCCCUCCCUGCCCUUCCCUCCAGCCCGUGCCACUGACCCAAAGACAGCUGGUGGCUUUCCUUCCCGGGACAAGCCUGUUUGCCUGCUGCUCAAGGCAGCUGCUCUGCCACCUGCUGAGCCUCCCGGGCUGCCUCCUGCCUGGACCUUGAACCUUACUGGGUCUUGGGGCACCUCCUUUUGGUAGGGUGCGGGGUGUUCCUCUGAGCCAGGCUGGGAGGGGAACCCCUCCUCCCACCACAGCUCCACCACGUCACCCCAGCGUGGCUGCUGCAGGGGCACAACAGGGAAUGGCCUGAGCCCCAGGUUUGGAAGCCCCGGUUGGGAUAGGGGGAGGCAGGUGCAGGCCCCGCAGAGCAGGAAGCCUGGAAGAACUGCCUGGGGCGGGGCGGGGCCCAGAAGGCAGCCUGGGCCCUGAACCAGCCUGGCUGAGCUGGGACUGGAGCCCUCAGUUGAGGGUGCACUAACAGGCAGAGAUGUGUCCUGGCCGGGACAGACACCCAGCUGGCUGGGUCCUUCCUCAGCCUUGCCUCCCUCUUGUCCCCAACCCUUCUCCUGUCCUGCUCCCAGACUGCCAGUCCUUCACUCCCCUCUCCCAGCUGUUUCUAGUUACCACUGGCCCAUGGCCACGGACUGACCAGACCAGCACACAACAUGAAAGCUUGUCCACGUUGACAGGUGGAGGAGCUGCCACUGAGAACACCGGUGCCCUGCCUGCCCCAGCCCCAGUCUUAGCAGGGCAGGGCAGGGCAGGGAGGGGAGCCCAGAUGCUGGGAGGCCGGCGUGGCCUCACCACCCACGCUCUCCCACCAGCUCUGACACAGGGCAAGUUGCCAGCCUUCUCUGGACUUCAGUUGCCUCCUCCACAGCAAGAGGUGAAUGCCUCCGGGGGGUCAGAAUUUAUUGAGGAUGUAUGUGAGCCCCCGUGUGCCCAGCACGCUGUGUGUACCCACGCUGGUCCCCAAGGCCAUAGCAGAGGCCCCGAGCUGGGGGACAGGCUUGAGAGAGGUGGCAUGGACAUGUGUGUGGUGUGGCUGGGGCUGUGCCAGGUGUCUCCCUCACUUCAUAGUCUGAGGGAGGUGGCGUUGGUGCCAUUGUUCUAGGUGGGGACACAAGCUCAGAGGAGCAGUGCCACCAGCAGGCGGGGUCUUCCCACCCUGGCCCUGGGCCCAGCCGUUCCCGCUCAGCUGUGUCCUUUGGCCCCUCCUGUUCCUUUGUUUCCUGGCGGUUUCCCUCUUGCUUUUUGGCUCAUUCUGCUUGCAGGGCUGCUGCCCACGGAAUCCUUGGUAAUCAGAGGGCUCCAGUGUUGAGCGCCCUGCUCUGUCCCCUUGCGGGUGCUGUGGAACUGGUAUUUCCCUGGGCGUGGCCAUGGUAGACCUUCGAGCAGGUGGUGCCUGGUUUUGUUGGAACUCGUCGGCCCCUGUGAGCAUAACCACUGGAUGUUAGGAAGCCGUGGCCGCCACCUGGCCUCUGUCCUCAGAUGCUCAGGAGGCUGGUUUGGAUCCGUGUGGCCACCGGGCCACACCUGCUAGCAGGGCAGACCAAGUGCAGCGUUUCACUGUCCUCCACGGGGACGACCCGAGUUCCCUGUGGGUCUCAGCCUACCAACUCUCCAUUUGGAACAGAACACCAGCCCUUUUGUAGUUGAUGAAGAAUAAAGUUGUUAAUCUGAUCAUCUCAGUGGCAAAUCCUGACCCUUCUGUGUGUGUGGUAGGGGCGGUGGCAUCUUAACUCCGUCACACCGCUGUUCUGCGGACUGGCCCCGGCACAACACAGGGCAGCAGGACUGUGACAUGGGCGUGGAGUGCACGUUGGCUUGGGGCCAAGGGAUGUACCACAGGGAAGAUGGUGUGAGUUGUGCCGUGAGGGGCCAGUAGGAUUUGAACGUGUGCAGACAGGCAGAGGGUAUGUGCCUGGUCCGAGGACGAGAGCAGAGGCCCCAAGCCCUGUGACUGUGGUUAAGUUCCAGGGACUCGUUGGUACUGCUCAGGGCUGUCUCCUUUGUUGAAAAGUGGUGCUAGUUGCAGAGCAGGUGUUGAGUGGAACCGGGAGAGAAGUGAGCAGUCAGUGGGGGAUGAGCCUUGUGUAGGACUAGCUCUUUCCUGGGACCCUAAGCUGAGGGGAUCCGAACUGGCGCAGAACCUCUGGGCUGGGUUUGCACUCCACCGGGCACCCUCUGUGGCACUUGACCCCCAGCCCCUCCUACUGACCUGUUCCUGCCUUUAUUUUCUCAGCUGUGAUGGGGACUGGCCCUGGUCCAGGUGUCAUGGUCAGACGAGGCGUGUUGGAGGGUCCAGUGGGGGACCGCCCCUGGCCCUCUGAGCAGCUCGUUAGAGGCACUGACUGGGGAGUGUUUAGGGGAAGGGCCAGGACCUGAGCCGGCAGCUUCUGGCUCUCAGGGCACCCACUUCCGUGUCCCAGCCCAGCCCAGACUCGGGGGCAGAUGUCUAACUCCUGUGGAGAAGGACGCAGCCCUGAAGGCAGAUGUGGUCACUAGUUAAGCAGGUAACUUGCUACCUUCUACUCAUGCGGCUCUAGAAGAUGCUUCAUAUGAUGUCAGGGUCGGCUAAUAAAGCCACCCCACUUUCUCCUGCCAAUCCUUGAGCCCAGAAUCACUGGGGCAGGGCCUGCUCAGGCCGCACCUCCCACCACAGCUGGGUUUUAGCUGAGAGGCCUGGGUUUCUAAGGCAGGAGUAAGUCUUUGAAGCAUUGUUUUGGCCAAGAAUUCAUUCUCGUUUUCCCAAAAGAAGAUUCCCUGUGCAAUGGCCAGAUAAAAACCAUGUAUUCUCCCCCCCAAAAAACAAACAAAAAACACGUAUUCCAUGAGUCCUGGGCAUAAUUUACUCUUUGCAUAGGUAUAAAUUAGAAUCUGGAGAUAAGAAAAGUAGGAGCCCAAUGGUGCAGCAUUUGUGACAGAAGAGCUGGGCAGAGGUGUGCGGGGCCAGCGCUGGAGGAGCACAGGGUGGCCUGGGGCCUGGCCUUCAGCCCCGCUCCGCCCCGUGAGGCUCGGCCCUCGGGAGGGCGCCUGCCUGCAUGGCAGCCCCUCUUGGCAUCUGGGUUACACGGAACUGAAAUCACCCAGCACCCCACAGAACGGGGCUAGGAAUCAAGCUCUUAGCUUUUCAGUUAAAAAAAUGACCUUGAAAAGUGUUUACAUAAUAACAGCAUGGCCAGCUGAGGCAAAAAACCCUGCCUCCCACCCCUGCCCUCCCCCACCCCGACCCCCCAUAGAAAAAAGCCAGAAAGGAAGCGACUGAGCAAGAGCUGGAAGAGCCCUGAGGGGGUGCCGAGGGUGAGGGCCCCUGACCCAGGGGCCGGAUUGAGAUGGGGCACAAGUCACACAGUCCUCCCACCAUGACACCCUGAAUAUCACCCUGUCAUCACUGGGCCACCAGGGGAGCCAGGGCGUCCUCUGCCUGCACCCUUUCAGCUGCCCCAGAUGCACAGCCUCCGAGUGCGGGUCUGGGCUCCCUGUGCCCUGGGGGAUGUGGCAAACAUGCUAGGGACAGGCAGGCCGCACCCCCGCAUCAGAGGAGCAGAAACAACUAGCGUUCCCAGCAGAGGGGCCCCUCCGAGGAUCCCAGGAGCAGACCUAGGGUACAAAAAGCCCCACGGCCCACCUCACGCCAGGACAAGCACAGUGUAUAGAAGCCCUUGGAGGACCCUGUGGGCCAAGCUCCCCUGGGUCGAUGGAACUGGCUUCGGCAAGAGCCCAGCCGCCCGCUCCCAGGAGCUUCCUGCCUGCAGCCCGUCCCAACCGGAACUGCAGGCACCCUCCUCCCAUGGGGCCUCAAUUCCCUGCCCCGAGCCCUAGUUUGUGCCCCCAUCACACACCACACACCUCCCAACAGAGCUUCCUGGGUGCCAGCCCCUCCACCAUGGGCAAGGGGCAGUCAGUCAGGUCUUGCCCACGGCUGCUGGACGUGUCCACGCGUCACCUCCCCUGCCUCAGUCCCACAUGAUAUACUACAUAUGUACAGCCUCCCAGGAGGGGAGGCAGACCCUGGUGCCCGGCGUGAGAACGAAGGAUGGAAAGAUUGGAGCCAGCUCAGCCCUGGAGCUGCCGCUGCUGGGACAGCCCGGCACAUUCUAUGUCCACUGGGCAAGGGCUCCUGCUCCUGGAAGUCAGUGCGCUGAUCAAGCAUGUGGGGAAGCGCAGGGGUGCUGCUCCCCGACACCCGGAGAAGGGGCGUGGCGGGCCUCCCCGCUGGCUGGCAGCAGUGCAGGGGCGCCUAGUGGGCGGGCUCCCCGUGCACCCUGAAGCGGUAGAUGCAGGUGUACUCAGGGUGGCCCCAGUUAGUCAGGAUCCGCAGCUCCACCACCUGGUAUGUGGCCAUUUUGGGGUCCUG